AUGGGUGGGUGGCUCCCCCCUUUUCUCGGGGAUGUGAGCCGAGAAGCCCAUUCGGGGUCCGGACGGCAGGCUGGAAGGAAGGAAGGAAGGCAGGCUGGGGGAUCCCUUCUCCUCCUCUGUGCCGGCUUCUGGAUGGCCCCCUCGGCCCCCUCGGCCCCCUUGGCCACCCUCCUCUUCCUCUCGGCAUGGGUCGCCUGCCUCUCGGUCCCACCUGGCAGCCAAGUGAACUUGCUGGACACGUCCACCAUUAUUGGCGACUGGGGAUGGCUCACCUAUCCUUCGCAUGGGUGGGACUCCAUCAAUGAAAUGGACGAGUUUUUCAACCCGAUCCACACCUACCAAGUGUGUAACGUCAUGUCUCCAAACCAAAACAACUGGCUGCGGACGAGUUGGGUGCAGCGGCACGGGGCGCACCGGGUUUACGCAGAGAUCCGCUUUACCUUGCGGGACUGCAAUAGCAUGCCCGGGGUGCUGGGCACCUGUAAGGAGACUUUCAACCUCUACUACCUCCAGACUGACCGGGACUUGGGCAGCGCUCCCCGCGAGAGCCAGUUUGUGAAGAUUGACACCAUCGCGGCUGACGAGAGCUUCACCAACGUGGACCUAGGUGUCCGGCGGCUCAAGCUCAACACUGAGGUGCGGGGCGUCGGGCCACUGACCAAGCGAGGCUUCUACUUGGCCUUCCAAGAUAUUGGUGCAUGCAUUGCCGUCGUCUCUGUCCGUGUUUACUAUAAGAAGUGCCCGGCCAUGGUGAGGAAUCUGGCCUCAUUUUCUGAGGCCAUCACUGGAGCCGACUCCUCAUCUCUUGUGGAGGUCCGUGGUGAGUGCGUCAGGAACGCAGAGGAGAGGGACACCCCCAAAAUGUACUGCAGUGCAGAAGGAGAAUGGCUGGUGCCCAUUGGGAAGUGUGUCUGCAGCGCCGGAUACGAGGAACUGAAGGAUUCAUGCCGAGGUAAGCAACGCAGAUGGGUGAGUCUCCUUCUUGACUGGGUUUUCAUUAACUGA